AUGUCUAAGCCGCGGGGUGGUGCGGCUGUCGACCAGCUGGUAAAGCUCAUCGUCGGAGCUGGACAAGCUAGCCCAAGUCCGCCUGUCGGUCCUGCGCUGGGUAGUAAGGGUAUCAAGUCGAUGGAUUUCUGCAAGGAAUUCAACGCGAGGACAGCACACAUCAACCCAGGCACGCCGUUACCUGUUCGCGUCACCGUCCGUCCUGACCGAUCAUUCCACUUCGACGUACGGACGCCACAGACAUCAUGGCUGCUACUCAACGCAGCCGAGGCGCCGAUAGGGAAAAAGGGCAAAAGGAAAGGCGCCGCGAAGCCGGGUCACGACACCGCGGGAACCAUCAGCCUGAAGCAUGUCUACGAGAUCGCCAAGAUCAAGCAGUCUGAGCUGCGCCUCUCUGGUCUGUCCCUUGAAGGCCUCUGCAAGGCGAUUAUCUACCAGGCAAGAUCGAUAGGCAUCAACGUUGUGGCAUAG